CAAAUGAACACGUGACAUUUAUAUCUUCACUGUCCAUCCAUCCAUCGGUCGCCCCCACCGAAAAUAUCAAAUUAUUAUUUUUCCAUCGUUAUCUCUCGCCCCCCGCCCCCUCUCUCUUCUCCUCUCCCUCCCUCCUCACAUCUGUUUCUCUCUCCUCUCUCAUUCACACACUCAAUUGGAUACAGUUUUGAAGCAAUCGACACAAUUGACACACGCACGCAGAGAGAGAAGAGAGAAAGAGGGGUUGAAGGAGUAACGUUUUCUUUCCCCUUUUGUGUAGUUUUCUUUCCAGGGUUUGCAAUUCAAAUCAUGCCAACAACUGGGUAGCUGUUGCCUGAUUUAUUGAUUGAUUGAAAUCCUUUCAUUUUCUUUGCAAAAAAGAAAAGCCCAAAUCUCAGUUUUUCAGAUAAAGCAUGUCUUACCAUCAGGGCUAUCAAUUCGAUUAUAUGGUGGAUGAAGGGGACAUGUCUGAUUUUGUAGAGGAUGUGGAGGAAGAAAAUCAAGGUGGAGAUAUGGGUCUUGAUGAAUAUGACAUGUUUGAGCAGCUAACCAAAGUGUCAGAUACGUCAUCUGCACAAGCGAGAAAGGGAAAGGACAUUCAAGGUAUUCCAUGGGAAAGGUUGAACAUAACAAGGGAAAAAUACAGAUUGACGAGGCUAGAACAGUACAGGAAUUAUGAGAACAUCCCUUUAUCUGGGGAAGCUGUGGACAAGGAGUGCAAACAAAUGCAGAAAGGUGGAAGCUACUAUGACUUCUUCCAUAAUACAAGACUGGUUAAACCUACAAUCCUUCAUUUCCAGCUGAGAAAUUUGGUUUGGGCCACUUCAAAGCAUGAUGUCUACCUCAUGUCCAACUUUUCAGUCAUGCAUUGGUCUUCUCUAUCUGGGAAUUUGUCUGAGGUUCUCAAUUUUGCAGGACAUGUUGCCCCAACAGAGAAACAUGCAGGAAGUUUAUUGGAGGGUUUUAUGCAGACUCAGAUAAGCACACUGGCAGUCAAGGACAAUUUUCUUGUUGCUGGUGGCUUUCAAGGAGAGCUUACUUGUAAAUCUCUUGAUAAACAAGGAGUAAGUUUCUGUACCCGGACCACACAUGAUGACAAUGCCAUCACAAAUGCUGUUGAAAUAUACGAUAGAUUGGGGGGUGGAAUGCAUUUCAUGGCAUCCAAUAAUGACUGCGGCAUAAGAGAAUAUGACAUGGAGAAGUUUCAGCUUUUGAAUCACUUUCGUUUCCCUUGGCCAGUGAAUCAUACAUCAAUAAGCCCAGAUCGUAGGCUUGUUGCCGUUGUUGGUGAUCAUGUAGAUGCAUUGCUCAUGGAUUCGCAGAAUGGGAAGACUAUUGCUAAGGUCGUUGGUCAUCUGGAUUACUCUUUUGCGUCAGCAUGGCAUCCUGAUGGUCGCAUAUUUGCCACCGGAAACCAGGACAAGACUUCCCGAGUCUGGGACAUAAGAAAUCUGUCAUUGCCAGUUGCUGUUCUGAAGAAUAACUUGGGUGCUGCUAGGUCAAUUCGCUUUUCAUCUGAUGGUCAGUUCAUGGUGGUUGCCGAACCUGCGGAUUUUGUGCAUAUAUACAGCACAAAGGCAGAUUACAAAGUGCGGCAAGAGAUUGAUUUCUUUGGGGAGAUAUCCGGUGUAUCAAUGAGUCCUGAUGACGAGUCUCUGUAUAUAGGAAUCUGGGACCGAACAUACGCCAGCUUGCUACAGUAUAACAGGAGGCAUACGUACGGAUAUCUGGAUUCCUAUUUUUGAUCCUUUUGGCAAAGGGCUGUCCAUCAGUGUUGGCAAUGUGAUUUUCUCAGAAGUUAAAAAGCAGAAAGAGUGCAGUUUUACUUUUUUUGAACUCUUUGUAACUUUUUUUUUGUGUGUAGGUUAGUUUGAUAAACCAAGUUUAAAGUUGGAAUAAGCCAAUGAUUGAUUAGAAUUUAGAGUUUGUACAGUGAUGUGAAACCCUUGUUUGUUAAACCAUUUCCUAUAAACCCAUUUUUUGCUUUUUCCUAA